GGUGGGUACGGCUUGCUGAAGCGAUCCGCGACGGUUUGCGUCCUUCAAAUGCGAUACUUCUCGUCGUGAGGAGCAUGGUUCCGCUGAAACACAAAUACACACACAAAGGUGAUUAAAUUCGACAUUUCUUCCUCUCUGCCAUGUCGAGCACCCGCUCCCUCCACGUGUACGAGGGCGAACCGUACUGGAGCGUGUGCUUGCGCGAGUACGUGAUUCCCACCUUCGUCUUCGUGCUCCUCGUGUACUAUCUCGUCUUCUGCGUGUUGUUGCCCAUGCGCCGGAUCAACCGCCCAACGCGGCAGCCCAUCGAGGAGGUGUUGGCAGCGACAGCGGACAGCUCUGUAACGGACAGCGGCAGCAACGCGGAGGAGGCAUCACCGACGGAGGGAAAGAAAGACAAGUAA